GCGGCAUGUCGUCAGUCUGGCGUCCGGCUUCCCACGGUCCCGUCCUGCCUGCCACUGCCGCCGACCCUCACCCCCGCCCGAGUCCUGCGCCCACCUCGCGCCCAACACACGCCCGCACGCCCCAUCGCCGCCCAUGGGACGCCUGCUGAGGUAGCGAAGGAGCCGCGUGGCUAGGGCGCCGCCACCGCCGCCGCCGCCAGGAUGCCUGGACGCGUGCCGCCCGCCUCAGGGCUGCUGUACGCCGCCUCGCUGGUGUGGGAGGCAGCCAAGGCCGCUGCGCCCACCUCCUGCCUGGGCGCCGCCGACGAGAAACUCAAUUUUGCCAAGACAGGCCGCGAGAAGGGCGACAUGGAGAUGACCUCCGUAAGCGGCGCGGCCCCAGGGAGCGAGGGUGGCCCCCCGGGGGAGGGCGCGCCGCCCCUGCAGCGGGAGGCCUCCGUGGGCAGCGUGUCCACGGUGUGCGGGGGUGAGGGCGGCGACCACGACGCCAUCACGGAGUGGCAGGCGGGCUGGAACGUUACCAACGCCAUCCAGGGUAUGUUCAUCGUCUCCCUGCCCUACGCUGUGCUGCGGGGCUACUGGGCAAUCGUGGCCAUGGUGGGGAUCGCCUACAUCUGCUGCUACACUGGCAAGAUCCUGGUGGACUGUCUCUACGAGGUGAAUGACGAGGGACAGCUGAUCCGAGUGAGGUCCUCCUACAAGGGCAUCGCCAGAGAGGUGUUUGGACAGAAGUGGGGAGGCAAGAUUGUGACGUCUGCGCAGCUGAUAGAGUUGCUCAUGACAUGCAUCCUGUACGUGGUGCUGUGCGGGGACCUCAUGAUUGGAAGUUUCCCCACCGGUCCCAUUGACGCCCGCUCUUGGAUGAUGCUCUGCGGGGUUCUCCUUAUCCCCUGUGGCUUUCUCAAGAACCUCCACCACGUGUCCACCUUGAGCUUCUGGUGCAUGGUGGCCCACUUGGCAAUCAACAUCAUCAUUUUGGCGUACUGUGUGGGCAAUGCGGCAAAUUGGGCGUGGUCGAAAGUCAUGUUCCGAAUUGAUAUCAUAGAGUUCCCAAUAGCUCUAGGAAUCAUUGUCUUCAGUUACACGUCCCACAUCUUUCUGCCAACGCUGGAGUACAACAUGGUGGACCGGUCAAAGUUCACGUGCAUGUUGAACUGGAGUCACAUCACGGCUGCAAUUUUCAAGGCCCUGUUUGGCUGGGUUGGCUUCCUAACCUGGGCUCUUGAUACUGAGGAAGUCAUCACGAACAACCUGCCAAACCCGACAUUUAAGGGCUUCGUGAAUAUCAUCCUGGUGGUGAAGGCUUUGCUCUCCUACCCACUGCCAUACUACGCCGCCGUGGAGAUCAUCGAGGUCACUUUCUUCCGAGGCAAACCCAAAACCACCUUUCCGUCAGUCUGGGCGCUCGACGGAGAGCUGAAAGUGUGGGCGUUGGCAAUCCGUGUGUUGGUUGUGGUGUUCACGAUUUUGAUGGCCAUCUCGAUCCCACAUUUCGCGAUUCUGAUGGGGCUGAUCGGCUCCUUCACUGGGACGAUGCUGUCUUUCAUCUGGCCCUGCUACUUCCACCUCAAAAUCAAGGCAGGGAAGCUUGAGUGGGGUGACAUCAUAUACGACUACUUUGUCAUCUUCCUGGGCUUCCUGUUUGGAAUUAUCGGAAUCACCACUUCCUUCUAUUCCCUCGUACAGGCCUUCAAAAUCGGUCUGCCUUUCUAAGCCCCGAGCCCUGCCCAGGCCCAACCCUGAGAGCAAUAACCCAGCACCCAGGUAUCCCCCAAGGGUGCUGAAUUGAACCCCUUCUGUUUCCUAGGGGUUGCAUUAUCCAAGAGGCCUACAUGGUCCCUAAAAGUCUUCCAGGGGUGCAUCAGGUCAAAAGGCCCAAAACCCCGCAAAUAUGUCUUCCAAAUAAGGGGUGGCUAGAUCUAUAAAGGUCCCAUUGCCCUCCUACCCCAGUAACUGAGUCUUCCAGGGGGCAGGCGUGUGUCUCCCCCAGCCCCCCCAGCCUACAAGUAAAGAAGUCUUCCAUUUAUUAGUGAUUAAUGUAGAUGUUACCUGCGCGUCACCUGUAGUUAAUUAAGGUGACGGCAGGUGUGUACGUGUACGUGUAUGUGUCUGUACGUGUGUGUACGUUUUUUCUGACUUGUGUACGUUAUGUGUGUGUGUUUGUUGGGGAUUAAGCUUCCUUGGCGUGUGUGUGUUUGUGUGCGUUUGUUGUGUGUAUGCGUGUGUGUGUGUUCUGUUAUUGUUACGUUGGAAAACAGUCACAUGUGCACACAAAAACCUCCUGUGCGUGUGCGUGUGCGCGUGUGCGUGUCUGUGCGUGUUACUGUCGGUUUUUGGAUGUGGAGCGCGUGCGUGCGUGUAUGCAUGCGCGCUGCUUCACUAGUACAUACAGUUGUAGUGGUUAACUCGUAGAUACGGUGGACGUGGGGGAGGGUGCGUGUGGGGGUGAUGGUCACACACACACACACACACACACACACACACACACACACACACACACACACACACACACACACACACACACGAAAUGAUCCCUAAAAAUGAUAACUCAAAGAAAAAUGUUAUAAAUUGACUCAAAAUUUUAAGGUAAUGCACGAAAUUUUUGAGACGCGAAACAAUUUAAAAGACAAGAUGAUGAAAAAUAGAAAGAAAAAAUCAAAAUAUAGUAAAAAUAAGUUUAUCUGCCCCCCCCCACAAAAAAAUGAAGUCAAAAUGCAUUCCACCACCCCCCACCCCCCCAAACAAAAUGGUAUGACAUCUUCCCACAGAAAACAGAAAAAAUAAAUAAAUAAAUGUAUAUAUAUAAAAAAAAAAAAA